AUGCUUGAUUUUUGGCUCAACUACCUAGAAAAUCCGACACUAUCGGUGCUUCCCCAUGACUUCCUCAAGCCCGAGAACAACAGGUCGGUGGAGGCCACCAAGCUGAUCCAGAUUGCAGUCAAGCCGGACUUUGUCACUGGUUUAGCUGUUUUGGCAGCACUCAUCUUCAGAUUGACCGGUGACGAUGAUGUUGUCAUUGCUACUGAUGCCGAGGCAGAAGGCGAGCCUUUUAUUGUGAGGUUGACGGUGGAACCCAAGAUGCUGUUCAAGCAAUUGGAGGAGAAGAUUCGUCAGGAAUACGACACCAACCAGCACAAGGUGGAGUACCACAACUUGGACGACAUUGCGCAAGCCAUCAAGGAGCAGAAGGGACUAGAAACACGCCCCCCAUUGUUCAAGAUCAGUUACCAGUUUGCCAGGGAGUCUCAGAAGUUGGAGACCUCUGUCAAGGGCUCGGUGAGAGACUUAGCUGUUUUCAUUGACCCCAAGACGGCACAAUUGCACUUUUUCUACAAUGCUUUGCUUUAUCGCUCAGAGAGAAUGGACAUAUUUGCUGAGCAGUUCAGCCAGUUCACGACGACUGUGAGUCAGAAUCCUGACGUUGAGAUCACCAAGGUCAACUUGAUCACACCCACCCAAAAGUCACAUUUGCCUGACCCAACGUUGGACCUUGACUGGAGCGGCUACAGAGGGGCCAUUCAAGAUAUCUUCAUGAAGAACGCCUUGGAGUUCCCUGACAGAACAUGUGUGGUCGAGACAAAGCUGUUCAUGGAUCCUUCCUCCAAAACCAGAACUUUCACCUACAAGCAGAUCAACGAAGCUUCCAAUGUGGUUGGUAAUUACUUGAAGGAGACUGGCAUCAAGAAGGGCGACAUUGUCAUGAUUUAUGCCUACAGAGGCGUGGAUUUGAUGGUCGCUGUAAUGGGUGUGUUGAAGGCUGGUGCUACCUUCUCUGUCAUUGACCCAGCCUACCCUCCAGCUAGACAAAACAUUUACCUUUCCGUGGCCAAGCCUCAGGGUCUCAUUGGCUUGGAGAAGGCUGGCGUUUUGGACGAUCUUGUCAAGGACUAUAUCAAGGACGAGCUUAAUGUGGUGACUUCUAUCCCACAGUUGAAGCUUCAAGAUGACGGUUCAAUUAUCGGUGGUCUGGAAGAUUCUUCGGAGGAUGUUUUGACGGCAUAUCAGUCGUUCGCUCAAAAGCCUACUGGAGUAAUUGUCGGUCCUGACUGCAACCCAACAUUGAGUUUCACUUCCGGCUCUGAGGGUGUGCCUAAGGGUGUUUUGGGUCGUCACUACUCCCUUGCAUACUACUUUCCCUGGAUGGCCAAGCGUUUCGGUCUUUCUUCCGACGAUAAAUUCACAAUGUUGUCUGGUAUUGCCCAUGAUCCUAUCCAAAGAGAUAUGUUCACGCCACUUUUCUUGGGAGCCCAGCUUAUUGUCCCUACAGCUGACGAUAUCGGUACUCCAGGUAAAUUGGCUGAUUGGAUGGCCGAAUAUGGUACUACCGUCACCCAUCUCACACCAGCUAUGGGUCAGCUUUUGAGUGCCCAAGCCACUACUGCUAUUCCAAGCUUGCACCACGCAUUUUUCGUCGGUGACAUUUUGACCAAGAGAGAUUGUCUCCGUUUGCAGACUUUGGCCGAGAACGUCUACAUCGUGAAUAUGUACGGAACCACUGAAACACAACGUGCUGUCUCCUACUUCGAGAUCAAGUCCAGAGCCGCUGACCCCACCUUUUUGAAGAACUUGAAGGAUGUUAUGCCUGCUGGAACCGGUAUGUACAAUGUGCAAAUGUUGGUGGUGAACAGAAACGAUCCUUCGCAGACUUGUGGUGUUGGUGAAAUUGGAGAAAUCUACGUCAGAGCUGCUGGUUUGGCUGAGGGCUACCGUGGCUUGCCAGACUUGAACAAGCAAAAGUUUGUCACAAACUGGUACGUUGAUCCUCAACAAUGGACUGAGCAGGAUCAGGCCAAUGCUGAUGUUACUAAGCAACCAUGGAGAGAGCAGGGCUGGUUUGGACCCAGAGACAGAUUGUACAGAACCGGUGACUUGGGCAGAUACUUACCAGACGGUAAUGUUGAGUGCUGUGGUAGAGCCGAUGACCAAGUGAAGAUCAGAGGUUUCCGUAUUGAAUUAGGUGAGAUUGAUACACACUUGUCUCAACACCCAUUGGUCAGAGAGAACGUCACUUUGGUGAGAAGAGACAAGAGUGAGGAGCCCACUUUGAUCUCCUACAUUGUGCCCAAGGAGUGUCCCGAGUUGCACGAGCUCAAGGCCGAUGUUGAGGACCAGGACGACCCUAUUGUGGGUGGAUUGGCUGCUUACGGUGCUUUGAUCAAGGACAUCAAGCUGCACUUGAAGAAGAGAUUAGCUUCUUAUGCAAUCCCCACCAUCAUCGUCCCAUUGGUCAAGUUGCCACUUAAUCCAAAUGGUAAGGUCGACAAGCCCAAGUUGCCUUUCCCAGAUACCGCCCAGCUUGAAGCUGUGGCCCGGUUGGCUGCUGAUAAGAGAGGUGUUGAUCACGAGGAGGAGAGCUUUAACGAAUUGGAGGCCACCAUCCGUGACUUGUGGAUCGAGGUUUUGCCAAACAGACCAGCCACUAUCGCCAAGGACGACUCUUUCUUCGACCUUGGUGGCCACUCGAUUUUGGGUACCCGUAUGAUUUUCGAGUUGAGAAAGAAGCUCAAUGUUGAUGUGCCUUUGGGAAUUAUUUUCAAGAACCCCACGAUCGAGCUGUUCUCCAAGGAGGUUGCCAAGUACAAGAAGGGUGACUUUGCUCAAUUGGCCGACGGUAAAGCAGAGCGUCACGAAGUUGAAAUCGAUAACUCCCUUACCUACAGCGAUGACGCCAAGGAGCUCACCAGAGAUGCUCUUCUCAAGCUGUACCCAUCGUUGGAGAAGUUGGACUUUUCUUCGACUGUGAAUGUCUUCCUCACUGGUGCCACUGGUUUCCUUGGCUCCUUCAUCCUUCGUGAUCUUUUGCUGGGCCGUAAGGGUGACUUCAAGGUUUACGCUCAUGUCAGAGCAUCUUCUGCAGAGGCUGGUCUUGAAAGAUUGCGCAAGACUGGUAAAACGUACGGGAUUUGGAACGAAGAGUGGGCUUCCAAGAUUGAGGUUGUUCUCGGUGACUUGAGCAAGCCCCAGUUUGGCUUGGAGGCUUCUGCUUGGUCUACGCUUGCCAACGCUGUGGAUGUCAUUAUCCACAAUGGUGCUUUGGUCCACUGGGUUUACCCAUACUCUCAGUUGAGAGACGCCAAUGUCAUUUCUACAGUCAACGUGAUGAACUUGGCUGGAGAGGGCAAGCCUAAGCAGUUCUCUUUUGUGUCCACCACAUCCACUCUUGACAGCGACUACUUCAUCAACGCCUCUGACGAGUUGACAUCCAGAGGUUUCGCUGGUAUUGCUGAGCUGGACGACUUGAAUGGAUCCAGCACUGGUUUGGGUACUGGCUAUGGUCAGUCUAAGUGGGCUGCUGAGUACAUUAUCAGAAGAGCCGGUGAAAGAGGUUUGAAGGGCUGCAUCACCAGACCAGGCUACGUUACUGGCUUCUCGAAGACCGGUGCUUCUAACACCGACGAUUUCCUUUUGAGAAUGUUGAAGGGUUGUGCUGAGCUCGGUUCCUACCCAGACAUCACCAACAACGUCAAUGCUGUUCCUGUUGACCAGGUGGCUCGUGUUGUUGUGGCUACUGCGCUUUACCCACCACACUCUGAUUACUUAGCUGUUGCACAGGUGACAGGCCAUCCUAGAAUCAGAUUCAAUGAUAUGUUGGCCUCACUCAAGACCUACGGAUAUGACUUGAAGUGUGAGGACUACCCUGAGUGGAGAACAUCGUUGGAGAAGUUUGUCAUUGCUGACUCCAGGGACUCUGCAUUGUACCCAUUGCUCCAUUUUGUUCUUGACAAUUUGCCUCAGGACACCAAGGCUCCUGAGUUGGACGAUCAAAACGCCGUGAAAUCCUUGAAGGCAGACAAAGACCUUCUGGGCGAAGACAGAUCUGCCGGUGAUGGUCUUGAUGCUGCUCAAAUGGGCAUUUACAUCAGUUAUUUGGUGAAGAUCGGCUUCUUGCCAGCUCCUUCCAACCAGGGUGAGCCAUUGCCAGAGAUUGAGUUGACUCAAGAGGCCUUGGACCUUAUUGCCUCUGGUGCUGGCAACCAGCUUAGUGGAACCGAGUUUCUGGCGAAGAAGAGGCUUGUUGAGCAGUUUUACAUGCCUCGAUCCGAUCCUCCACUGAAAGCACAUAGCUAUUCCGAUCUCAUAACAGCAUUUCGGCAAGGGUCAGCUGAAUCGCCUUCUCGAGAACCUCGACAGGAAGAAGCUUUCCCAUGGCUGCAAGUCACAGCUAAAAAGUCAUUUAUGGAGUUGGCGGAAGAGGGAAAACUACAAUACUCACCCAUAGACCGGGACAUCCAAAGUCCGGCUAAAGUGGCCGAGAUGCUUCUAGGUGUGGAUGAUGAAGACGACGAUUCGAGAGUAGUUGACCUGCUCGUUCUGGCUUUAGAAACCUCAGCGCUGGCGCUAGAGCGGAAAUUUGAAAAGGACCUCAAUGUGACUUGUGCACCCACCGAGCAGUUGAACAUGCUCAGUGAGUAUUUAAGCAAGCUUUCUGAGGAGGUUCAGACGUUGCAUAAAGAGCUUUCGGAAACCACACUGCGAUUGAAGAGCAACUUCAGACUGCAGCUCCAGGUGAGCAUGGAGAAGCUUGACAAGUUGGAUGAAUUGUUAAAGUCUUUGACUGGACGACUUGACGAUAGCAGACAGCGGAUGCAAAGCUCCAAGGUGGUGAUGACUGAGGAAAUGGCAGACAAGAUUGCUGUAUUGGAGUAUGUUGCGAAAAGGUUCAACGAGCAUGAUCAAUUGGUGAGACAAAGGAGGCGUCACUGCUUGUAUGAGCAGCCCAAACGAUCGCCUCUUACUAGGAAACAUUUGACAGAAGUGGAGGAAGAACUCAGUGUUACAAGGCAAAUCAUUGCUCGAUACUGCCCGGACGUCGACCUUCAACAAUUAGUGGGCAAGCUUCGAAACGGGACAAGCAUCGAUGAUCUUCCAGACGAUGUGGUGGUGAAACGAAGGAAGAUCGAAGAACCUAAUCAAAACGGUUUCAUUAGUCAUACCCCGCAGAUGGACAUUCUGCUGCUUUUGCAGAAACACGAUGACAUCCCAGGCCUGCUGCUGAUGCAAUUCCAAAUUCCUCAGUAUCUUCCACCAACUAUCAAUGAGACAGAUGCUAUGUCCAAUUCAAAAAGCUCAACUUCAUCUUCACCAUUGUCCAACACAUAUAGCAGUAAAUGCCUGUGGGAUGAACGGAGAUCCAUGUUGGAUAGAAAACUCUCGGUGACUGACGGAAUGGCUACAACUGAAAGUAACUGCUACUUGGGAACCACCAGCUCGGCUGCAUUGAUCAAUCUCAUUGGAGGUGGCUACUUCCUUCAGCAAAAUAAGCCAAAAAUUCGAGAAAGCGAUUCGCCCUCUUCAGCGUCUUCCCUUGCAUCAAUCUCCAUUCCUUCCAGACUGAGAAUAGAGCACUACGUGAACAUGUACUUUGAAACGUACCAUGUAUCGUACCCCAUCGUACAUCGGCCUCUUUUCCUAGCUCAGCUUAAUGAGGUCGUGGAGGCACCUCCUGGAUGGCGUUCCUUGCUUUACAUAGUAGCCGCCAUUGGCCUGUUCAUGUCAGCCACAAACGGUGACGAGGAUGAUGAUCUUACUCUCCUAGAUUGUGCUAAGAAGGAACUUUCCCUUGAAGAUUUAGAAACGGGCUCCCUCACGCUCGUUCAGACGCUAGCUUUGAUUUCAAAUUAUCUUCAAAAGCGAGACAGGCCUAAUUCAGGCUACAACUACCUUGGCUUAGCGGCACGAAUGGCUCUUGGCCUAGGCCUCCAUAAAGAUUUGGCCGAACCAGGUGACCUGCUUUUGAACCAGGAAAUGCGUCGCCGUGUGUGGUGGUGCCUAUACAUCUUUGACUGUGGACUGACAAUCACGUAUGGACGACCAUUGGGCAUUCCAUGUGCUGGACUCGACGCCAAGUUGCCCAUGAAUGUCGUGGACUCGAAUUUGACAGCUAUGACCGCAGCUCCUCCUCAACAAGAGAAAGGACCCACCGUCUACACAAGCGUGAGGCUUCAAGCGCUUUUCCAUAUAUUCACCAACAGCAUAUACGAAAGGAUCAUCAGUGAUCCAUUUCCACUGGCUCAAACAUUGUUACGGUGGGACUGUGAAUAUAUAGAGCGCUGGAAGCUGUUGAUUCCCAGAAGCUUUCGAGAAGACGCUGAUGUCUCUGCUAGAUUCAAACUAGCUCAUGCGGUGUUGCACUGGCGAUCCAGGAACCUUCGAAUUAUCAUGUACCGAACCUUCAUGUUGAAAAGGCUCUUUUCCGACAAGCAAGAGCCUGUGGAUGAUUACGAGACAAAGGCAGGAGAGGUUUGUCUUCGGGAGUGUAGCAUUACUAUUCAAAGCAUGGAUACCUUCUGGAGCGAAAAGGCCCAGUACAACCGGAUGGAUGCAUGGUACCUGCUUUUCUUCCUUAUCCCAGCAGUCGUUAUGCCACUUGUUUGUCUAAGGAACGAUCCUGUUUCUUCGGAAGCCAACGCAUGGCGAAAAGAGGUUGUAAUGGCACAAAGGGUGAUUGACAAGAUCCUGAAAAUCUGUCCUCCGGCGGCUAGAAUAUCUGAAUUUAUCAGUAGCAUGGCGCUAGGAUGUCUCGGAAACCAGGAAAACACCACUGGCUUCACGCCAUUGAACGACAAUAUGGCCUUUCCCACUAUAGCUGUUGACGAAAGCCCUAUGUCCCAGCUCAUGCAGCUACACACGAUGCUCUGGCCCUCGUCCUUUGACAUCGAACAACAGUUUUAA